GCAUCGCAGAAACCUAAUUAUGAAAUUGUGAACAAAUAUCGUGGGAAAAAAAUAAUACUGAUUUUACAUAAAUAUUGAGAAAUAAUGGCAGAUGAAUGUGAUAUGCAAGUAGAUAAUGCCCCUGCAGAGAAAAUAACCUCUGAAAGUUUCACAUUUGCACAACCAAACAUUGUAUCAAGUCCCGAAAGAGUGGUAGAUUUUGGUAAAGUUACAGAAUAUUCCGUUCCAAACGAUGGAAAAAGUACAUUUACUUUUGCCAAACCAGCAAGUAUACCUCUUGUGCCUAAUCAAAAUGAAGGGGCAUUUGACCAUGAGGAUUGGAAAUCUGAGAAACAAUACAAACCUAAAAUAUUCAGGAAUACAUUUAAACCACCAGUUAGUGUAUUCACGCAAGCUCUUAGAGAAACAACUGGUUUUGAGUUAUCCAAGAAGCAGUCAAGAUUGCAAGGUGGUAAGGAGAACAUUGAAUACUCGAUAACAUGCAUAAAUGUUCCAAAAUCAUUGCUGACAAAAGUUGCGGCAAAAGAAUAUUUCGUGAAAUACGGCAACAUUUCAAAAAUAACACUAAGACCAAGAAAACAGACUAUAACAAUAUUUUAUACAACAGCAGAAGCAGCUAAUAUUGCAUACCAGAAUAGCGGAGAAUACUUGGGACAAAAGUUUGAUGUAUAUUGGACUAAUUCAGAGAUGUUACCAAAAUCUCCAGUAAAAAAAAAGGAGUCGAGUAAAACAACAGUGAGACAUUUCCUUACAGGAACUGACGAAGAAGUCCAAGCAGAACUAGAUGCAAUGUCAGGAUUGGAGUAUCGUUUACAUGGUGAACAUAAAGUUGGUGCACCUCCGGUAUUACGAAAGCCUCGAAUCCCAAUUGCUAAAGAAGCACAAAAGUAUGAGAAAGCAACAAAAUUAGAAAAACAGCCUGUAAAAGUAGAAAAAUAUGAGGCUGAAAGUCAGAUUCAAAAUAUUGUCCCAUCAGCAACUAUUGAAGAGUUACAAAAUACAAUUCGUCAAAUGGCUAGCACAGCAGAAGACAAAUAUAGAAUAUUGGAAGCUCGCGACCGGCUUAUAAGAUUUAAGCAGAUAAAGCCUCAUACAUUGGCAACUGCAAAAAGUACCAAAGGCACUUGCCCAGAUAUGUGUCCAGAGAAAGAACGUCUUAUGCGAGAAUCUCAAAGACAAGUUGCAGCAUACGAACUUAUGGAGGGUGCAGAGUACAAAAUAAAUCAUAUGAUUGCUAUAAAACAGUACUCUAGAUCUUCAGCAGAUCAAGAAGAACCACUGGCUCAUGAACUAAGACCUGUCGAAUCCCUCAAAAUGACUAUGAGUUAUUUAUUACAUGAAAUAGCAAAUCUAUGCGAUGAGGAAGGAACAAAUUUAGCAGAAUGGUUUCAUUUUUUAUGGGACAGAACAAGAGGCAUACGUAAGGACAUAACUCAGCAGGAAUUAUGUUGCACCGACAGUGUUGAAUUGGUUGAGCAGUGUGCCAGAUUUCAUAUAGUAUGCUCAGAACGUCUUUGUGCCGAAGAACCAUCUGUAUUCGACAAGAAAAUUAACACUGAGAAUUUGACUAAAUGUUUACAAUCUUUAAAAUACAUGUAUCAGGACCUCCGAGUAAAAGGUAUCUCUUGUAAAAAUGAACCUGAAUUUCGUGCAUAUAUUAUCUUACUAAAUUUGAACAAUGGUAAUUUUAUGUGGGAAGUACAAAAAUUACCAAUAACAUUACAGAAGUCGCCUGAAGUUCGAUUUGCUAUUGAAGUUUACUCUUCGCUCCAAUCUAACAAUUUUUCUAAGUUCUUCAAACUCGUUCGAAGCACAACUUAUCUAAACGCCUGCAUUUUAUUAAGGUAUUUUAAUCAAGUCAGAGUAAAAGCUUUAUCAGUGAUGGUGAAAGCAUAUUGCAGAACAACUUCAACACCUUUUCCGUUAUAUGAAUUAAUUGACAUUCUUGGAUUUGAAGAUGAGAACGAAGCAAUAUACUUCUGUGAACAAGUUGGCCUGAAUACUUCCAGUGAUGAUAUGAGUAUAAUGUUAAACAGACAAAACUUCAGUUCGCCCAUUUCUAGUAUAGAUCAAGGCAGAGCUAUAAAUAUAGUAGAAUCAAAGAGGACAGGGAUGCUUUUAUCAAUUGGCGAAUGUAUCACCGGUGGGAUGCUACCUGAACAAACUUACAAGAACCAUAAACCACAUGAAAGCUUUGAUUCAUCAGGUUAUUUGAAAACCAAAUCCAUAAAUGCUGAGGAUCAAAGUGGAAAUAAUAUUUCUGAUAUUAGUGAUCCAUACGAGUUUAAAGAUGAUCAUCAUGACGAUCGUCAUAAGCCAUCACGGAAUUUCAAAUCUCAAGUUUCUACGAAGCACAGUACUUUGAAUGAUACAGGUGCUAGUCCUUUGACCAGACAAAUUGAUGUCUCUACGAAAAAGCCUGUUGGACGUUUCACUGGUCAGUCUACUAAUAAACAACAAAAUAUAUUUCCAUACAAGCCAAAUACAAAUACAACAGUUUUUGCUAAACCUGAAGAACCUGGUCCAUUUGGAACUAAGCAUCCACCAAAUACUUCUGAAGAUCAUGCGUCUCAACCCCACAACAAAUUUGAUUUGGCUACUGAAAACGAAGGACCAUUUUCUAGUAAAUCAACAGUUUUUGGUACAAAGACUAAUGAGACUUCACGAUUUAACAGUCCCUUCGCGACUUCCACGAUAAGUACAGCUGGUAAAGGUUCAUCAAUAUUUUCCAAGUCUAACUUAACAUCGUCCACUCAUCCAAUGAAAACGACAGAGCAGGAGACAAGUACAACAUUUGGAGCAGGAACAAUAACAAAUAUUUUCAGCAAACCAACGUUAGGAAAUAUAUUUGCCAAAUCUACACCUGUUGCGACAGCAUUUUCGCGAAACCAUUCUAAUGCACAAGCUUCUGAAAAAAUCAAGGAAGGAAGUGAUUCUAUAUCAUCAAAAAAUAUCUUAAAAACAUCUGACCCAAAGUCUCCUGUGAAGAAGCAGUUGAAAAUUCACUCUGAGAUAAGCCAAACGAAAUUGGAAGUCGAGAAGAGGCUGCAGGCUGAGAAGAUAAAAUUACAAAAGAUCGAACGUGAGAAGAAAUUGAAAGCUGCUGAAGCUGAAGCUUCAUUAAUUUUAAAAGCCUUGGAAGACGACGUUAUAAAGGAUAUGUGCUCUUCCCUGGUGAGGAAAGAAUUUAACAAAAUUCUAAUGAUAAAUAAAUUAAGUAAGAAGAUCAUGGAAGACAUGGUCAAUCAGAUCGUUCUGGAAUCAUGUGAAGAUAUAUUGAAUGAAAUUUACAUUCAGCAAAGAUUACUUGAAAUAUCUCAGAAAAUAAAAAGGCGAUUAAUUAUGAAGUAUUACAUGACGUGGAGACAGUGUGCCUCCAAGAAGAGAAGAGAAAGAGAAGCCUUGGACAAUACUCCUGUUUGGUUGCAAAAGAGAAGUGUGGAGGAGUGUGCUAAUUUAUUAUAUCGUCCGGAUCAACAUCUGGUGAUUGAAAGUAUGCGAAGAAAAAAGAUCAAACGGGAAGUCGAAAAACCAAAAAGACAAAUGGAACCAAUUGAAGUUAUUAUACAUAAUGGCGUAAAAGAGAAUGCAAAGUAUUUGGAUAUUGAAGCAGUGCCCAAUACAUUCUGGAAAAUGGUUAUUUCAUGGCCGGAUUUGGAAAAGAGAUUUCUUUUGUGGAAGCACAAAAAGAUAAUGAGUGAAUAUCUCUGUCCUGAUGACUUUACAACAGAACCCAUUAUAAAGACUUACAGACCCAAUUCAUAUGAGACUUUGAAUUUAUGCAUAAGACAAGCUGAGGGUUUAAUUAGCGAUCACAAGCUGAUUGGUAUAGAUGCUUUAUUAUUUAUUAUUGAUACUUCAGAGGAUGCAAAGUCCGUCAUACGACGUCUGACCAAAACAGUACUUUCAAGAAAUAAGCUCAUGCCUAUACCGUUAUAUUUUGUCGCCCUGGGAAAUGAACAUUGGAUAUUUGAAAAUAGCAGACUUAAGGCGCAUUUGGAAAAAUUGAUUGAGUCUGAUUACGUAUCCCAGUAUACGGUACAUUUAGAAAAUACUAUAAACGAAAAUGUUAUACUCGAACUCAUUCAGAAUGCUACAAGAUGGUUGUCAAAAAAUAAAUCACCAGCAGUACCGUUGGAAAUGGACUACUUGAGUGAGGUCUUGGAUGGUUGUUUAACAGAAGAACUAUGGUUAAAAAUUCAAGGCCAUUCACCGUUCAAUGAACAUCUAGCAUCGGUUUUGAACGAUCCGAAUUUUAUAAUAAAUUUUCACAAUGAAGCUGUAACACAUUUGAGGGAUAUAUUUCUUGAUUCGGAAUCAUUAUCAUACACAGAUUUUGCUCCGGAAUUGAAAAAGUGUUUGAACACGAAAUAUGAGCUUCCUUGCAGUUAUGAAUAUUUCAAUGAUGCGUGGAAGAAGGAAGGAAAUAGAGAGGAGUUAGAAAGUGCUUUGGACAAAUUAAAAUUGCCACGUUGGAAUUUUGAUUGGCCCAUCAUGGACAUGUGGGAACUACGUAACUCCAUAUCGUAUUACUGCCAAGAGGCAUUACCAGAGUCAAAUUACGAUACCGUACCGUAUACCAUUUUAAGUAAUUUAUUCCUAACAGCUAACGAUUCUGAUAUACCUAGUUUUGUAAAUGUAAUAUUGCGAAUUGUUAAGGAAAAGAUUUCCUUGAUUCGUUGCCAUCUAAAAGUAGUUUAUAACCGUAAUCAUAUGAAGCAUUUCCGGACGUUACCGUGGUGGUUUAAAUCGAAGGUAUUCAUGGAUUACACCACACACCAGGAAUUGAAACUUCAAAACAAAUUACGGGAGGAAGAUUUACAUAAUGAAUCAUUUAGCAAAAAGCAAAGGUUGAAUGGAAGUGACAUAAGUAUGGGUGACGAUUUAAGUAUGUACGAACAGUGCGAACCAUUAGCUGAAUUUUGUAAAGUGACGCAGGAUCAGAUAAUGGAAGUACGUAAUAUUAGAAAAGCGGUUGAAAAUGGUUUUGAAAAUUACCGAUCGAAGAGUGAAAUGUUGGAGGAAAUGUUAACAAAAGCGUUACUGGAUGAAGCGUGAAAAAUCUCACGAAUAUAAAGAAAUCUUACACAACUGAUAUAAUUUUGUAUAAAUUUUGUUAAAAUAUUUUGUAGUAUACUAAGAUACAUACUCUGAGUGUUGCAAUAAAACUUGAAAGGAAAAAUUCUGUUUCACCUGAAA